AUGGUUUGCGAUGGUGCCGUGAAGGACCAGGAGCAGGACCAGGAGACCGCGGCGGCGAGCACUGCGUCGGCGGCAUCGGUGGUGGCGGCGUCGGAGGCGUCUCCCGCGCCGGUGGUGGUGGUGGUCAGCGCGAGGCCCUCCGCGAGGCCGACGCCGCACGACAAGCGCCUCGGCGUGCGUCACCCCCUGAAGCACCGCCGGUUCCGUGCCGGGGGGAAGAUGAUGGUGGAGCCCGGAGGGGUGCCGCCUGCUCACGCCGUGCCGGAAGGCGAGGAGCAGGAGGAGGAAGAGGAAGAGGAGGAGGGAGCCAGCGAGGUGGAAGAGGAGGAGUUAGUGGAUGCAGAGGCGGAGCAGGCCUUGUCCGCGGAGACGGCGAUGCGGGGCGCUGAAGUGGAGGUGUCGUCCGUGCCGGCGGCAGGGGUGCAGGAGAUGGAGGUGGAGGUGGAGGUGGAGGGCGGCGAAAUGGAGGUGAAGGACGGAGAAAUGGAGGUGUCGCCAGAGCCUGCCGUCGCUGUGGGGGGCACUGAGUUGGAGGCCCAUCCGGACGAGGAGGACGAGGUCUCAUCCGUCGCUGUGGCAAGAGGGCAGACGAAGCAGGAGGCUGCCUCUCCUCCUCCUCCUCCUGCUUCUGCCGUGCUAGCUGUGGAGGCACCCAGGGAGAUGGAUCAGGAUGGGGAGAGGGCGGAGAAGGAGAAGAGGGACAAGGAGAGGGAAAGGCAGAAGGAGCGGGAGAGGGUGGAUGAGGUCGGCUACAUGAGCGGAGGAUGGAAGAGUGUUGAUGGAAUGCUGAAUUGUGGAUAUUCAAGUUUUAGAGGAAGAAGGGCAAGCAUGGAAGAUUUCUAUGAUAUAAAAUCAUCUAAAAUUGAUGAUAAACAAAUAAAUCUCUUCGGAAUUUUUGAUGGUCAUGGCGGUUCACGUGCUGCUGAGUAUUUGAAGGAGCACUUGUUUGAGAACCUCAUGAAACAUCCGGAGUUCAUGACAAAUACAAAAUUAGCAAUAAGUGAAACAUAUAGGAAGACCGAUUCAGAGUUUUUGGAUGCUGAAAUGAAUACUUAUAGAGAUGAUGGGUCAACGGCAUCAACAGCAGUGAUGGUUGGUGACCAUCUUUACGUGGCAAAUGUUGGAGACUCAAGGGCUGUUAUAUCAAAGGCUGGCAAAGCUAUUGCGCUCUCUGAAGAUCACAAGCCGAACAGAAGUGAUGAGAGAAAACGAAUUGAGAGUGCUGGUGGGAUAGUUAUGUGGGCUGGAACUUGGAGGGUAGGUGGGGUACUUGCGAUGUCUCGGGCAUUUGGCAACCGUCUCUUAAAACAAUUUGUUAUUGCAGACCCUGAGAUUCAGGAACAAGAAAUAAAUGAUGAGUUGGAGUUCCUAAUUAUAGCUAGUGAUGGGCUGUGGGAUGUGGUUCCGAAUGAGGACGCGGUUUCACUUGUGAAGAUGGAGGAGGAACCCGAGGCAGCAGCCCGGAAGCUGACAGAGACCGCAUUCUCCCGCGGGAGCGGCGAUAACAUCACGUGCAUCGUGGUGAAGUUCCAGCAUGACAAGCCGGGCAUCAGUGGCGGCGGCAGCGGCGAUUCCCCCUCCUCGCCUCCAGGCGACAAGAGUUGA